UAAAGUCAAUAUCAUAUUAUUAUACUUGACAGACCUCUACAGUUAACACAAAACAGAAACAAAUUAUAACACAUGUAAUUUUCUGCUGCACAAAAUGUGGAGACUGCGGGCUCUGGUAGUUCACCUUCUCCUGCUGGCCUCCAUAAUGACCACAUACUUCUCAUCGACCAUCUUACCAGGACUCGUGCCCCAGAAGACAAUGCGUGAGAUGGGCUUUGAGCCGCCAGCAGAUCGUUUGGUUGUAUUCCUGACCGAUGGCUUGCGGGCGGAUUCCUUCCUAGCGAAAAACGGAAGUGCGGUGCCGGAUCUACGUGACUUAUACCAGACUCAAGGUCGUAUAGCAAUCUCCCGCUCCUUGGCACCUACACAGACCGCCACUGGACACAUCGCCAUCUUCGGUGGGCUGAGGCAAGAUCCAACAGCUGCGUUGGUCAACUUCCGCUAUGUUCCUGUUUACUAUGAUACCGUCUUCAACCGCAGUCGCACGGCCAUUGGCUGGAUUCAUAGAUUUGUGGAGAUGGUGUUCAUAUAUCUUCCACACGGUGGAGCGCCGCUGCGGUUCUCGGUGGGAUACGGGAAAAAAUUACAAUUCGAUGCUUGGGUCUUUAAGGAAGUGGAAGAGUUCCUGGCCAGGAGCGACAACGUCCGGGAAGUGCGGAAUCUUAAGGGUGUUGUGUUCUUUGUCUACUUGGCGGAUAUGGAUGCAUGGGCUCAUCGCUACACCCCAUUGAGCCCUGAGUUCGAUCAGCAGCUCCUGCACACUCAGAAAGGCAUUCGUACGACCUAUGAAUUCUUUGAGGAAGUCUUCAACGACAGCCGAACGGCCUAUCUGAUGACCUCCGAUCACGGCAUGGAUGAUACUGGAAUGCACGGCGGUGCCUCACGUAAAGAAAUAGAAACGCCUUUGUUUAUGUGGGGUGCCGGGGUGAAACGAACAGUCGGUCCGAAUGCCGGAUUUCCCACCAAGAACAAUAUAUCUGUGGUGAAACAGAUUCAGCUGGCGCCACUAAUGUCGGCACUUAUAGGUCUUCCACCUCCAAUGAAUAACAUAGCCAUGAUGCCAGUGGGAUACCUCAAUGUGAGCAUCGAGUACGAAACUAUGGCUUUCCAUCUAAAUGCCUUGCAGAUCCUGGAUCAGGCAGAGAUCGUAAUUAGCCGUAAUAAACGCGCUCUUUUCCACAAAUGGCUGCCCACAUUCAAGGGGCUGGACUUGAAGCAAAUUGCUGCCUACAAGGACAACUUCAAGUCUUUGGUUUCUCAGGGACGCAGUCAAGAGGCCAUGGAAGAGUGUCAGAGAAUUAUAAAAUUGGCUCAAAAGUGCUUGAAAUACUACCAGGGAUAUUACCAAACUCCUCUCCUGGUGGCCACUACGAUCUCCUACUUGGUAUGGAUAUAUUGCCUACUUCUGCAACUAACAAGGAUAGCCACGGAAAAUAAACGAAAGGGAUUCGCCACCUUAUCCACGGUCUUGCUGUCUGUCCUCGGAAUCAUUCAAGUUCUUCUGUUGAUCUUGCAAAAGGUGCCGUGCUUCACAUCGGUCUGUCUUUUGUUACCAACUUGUUUGCUGAUUAUGGCCCAAGCUGAACGUGCCGCUAAAGGCGACUUGGUUAAGGCACCUCUCAUGAACGUCAUCUCAACAGUGCUGCCGGGAGUUCUAAUAAUUUUAAUGUCAUUUGAAUACAGACAUUUGGCUGAGCUAUAUGGACUAUCGGCACUUCUGCACAAUCAUCGUCUGUUUCGGAAGCCCUCGAUAAAGUUUUUCCUGUGGAUAAGUCUAGUGUUCAUAGUCAGUGGCUCUCUGUUUAUUUCACAAAAUCCGGAGAGUGCUUUCGCACCUAGAUUCCUAAAAAGUUCAUAUGUGCUGUACAUGGGAAUGCUGGUGGCUCUGGUACGUCCUCUCGUUUUGCGACAUAAGAUUAGUUCACGUGUUUGGGCCAUUAACGCAGUCACCUUGGUGGUUGGAGCCUACGGAAUCCGUAGAUAUGAUUUGAGAGAGAUGGUUCCGGGCUACGUUACUGCCAUAAGCUGGUUCUUCUUGGUCUAUAGCUUCCUGUCAGUGCGGUAUUGCGAUGAAUCCAAUAAGACAGCCAAAAGAAGACUCGAACUGAUUACCAUGAAUAUGAUCACAUUACAUGCCCUGCUCUGCGAACGAUGGGGUUCCUUGGCUAUCCAAAUGCUAGUCACUGAACUGCUUUUUAGCCUCCAGCUGUAUAGGGACGCCAAACGAUCUGAUGCCGUAAGGAGGGAUCACAAGCCAUUACAAAAUUUGAAGCUGUCUUAUAGAUUUGGCUUCGCCAUCUUCCUGUACUUCUAUGUAAGCUUUAACUUGGCUGGACAUUGGAUAGCCUCCUUUAUUUUCAAACCGAACACUGCUCGUCUAUUUUAUGCCAACUUUGCCAUAUUUAUUCCCGCCUGUCUGAUCAUCCUGAGGAUUGUGCUUCCAUCACUGAUCGUCAUCUCGAGCCUGUACGCUUUGGUGCCCUUCGUCCGGCACAAUAUCAGAUCGACAUUCACCUGCCUCCUGCUCAUCAGUAAUGUCAUGGGGCUGUAUUUCUGUUAUUUUGUCCGAAAUAGAGGAAAAUACGGCGAUGUAAGGAGUUCUCUGGAUAAGCUGCUAAUCACCCAUGUGGUUAACAUGUUAUUGCUUGGGUGUUCCUUCAUCGUUGAGUGUUUCCUCCGCGAUACGGAAAUGGAAAAGCCACCGUGCAAAGAUGAAAAGAAGGUUUGCUUUAUUAUCUCGGCCAACGAAGAGAGUGAAAUUUAGUAAAAUAAAAUCAAUAUUCUUAA